AUGUAUCCUCGGUCGCGACAUAAGCAGCUUCUGGACUAUGUUCUCGUCCGGAGACGAGACCAGUGGGAUGUGCUGAUGAUAAAGAUGAUUGUGGGAUGCCGACGGGGGGACAGACCAUCGUCUCUUCAUCUCCAGGACGCGAAUUCGCCUACAGCCUCGAAGGAGUCCUCAAGGUAAGCGACCCCCAGGUAGGCUGAAUAUUGCAUUGUUGUCUUUGUCAGCUCACCAUCUCCAUUUCAGCAACGAGCUAGCUAAACAGCUAGACAACCUUGCAGUCGCUGCCGCCGCGGUCGUGAACGCCUCCGUGGAGGACCGAUGGCGUCAACUGCGGGACACAGUUCAGUCGACGGUGUUGGCCGUCCUCGGUCGCGUACGCCGCCAACUCCAAUACUGGUUCGACGACAACGACGCCGCCAUCAGCAACCUGCUCGUCGAGCAGGACGGCCUACACAAAGCCUACGUCGACCGCCCCACCGACAACAACAGAGCUGCCGUCUGA